ACCUGAAAGAGUUUAAUCACUUAUCCAUAUCAAAGAAAAUUUAACACAAGUAUAUAUACAUAAAGAGCGAAAUGCUUGACAGGGUUAUCGGAGGGGUUACCGGAGGAAUUACCGGAGGGAUUGGAGGGUUAGUCGGAGGGGUGAGGGACGGAUACUACGAAAAGGAUAAACGGAGAGGCCGCUACGGCUAUGGCUUCGAGGAGCACAGGGAGGUUGUGUCUCGUGUGCAGACCGAUGGAGGCUACUCUGAUCGUCAUACCCGCUACAAUCACCACAAGAGGCUUCCAGCUCACCACAUGCUCCCAAACUCUAACGUGGAGGAGUUCUAUGAGAGCAGACAGACCCACCACACCACUGCGUUGCCGUACCAAAGCAACAAUUACCACCACAACGGAAAAAUGGGUAAUGGAUGGCAGGGGCAGCAUGAAGAUGCAUACAACGACGGGUACGGUGGGAUGAAGCAGCAGAACAGGCUUAUGGCUCCUCAGGUUCCAACACGCCAAGUGUACAUGAAUCCUAUUCAAGACGGCCGCUACCACUAAACACAAAGACAAGGAUUAAGGGACUCUAGACUGCACCCAAAUACUCUGCCGGCUCAUAUAUAUAAAAUGUUAAUGAUUAUAUAUGUAUCCUGAAUAAUAAACGUGUAAGAUGUAUGUGUGUGAUUGACAUGUUUCAGUAUCGUACCAAAACAAAUAAGGGACCUUUGAACAAAAAAAGUGUUCUCUUGUUUGAUGACCCUAUGAUUACCAAGGAGUGUUGUUGUUUGCUGCUUAUGUUUAAUAAAAGUGAUGUUUAUUAUCA